UGCAUUUUACUCACCAUGCUGCUUUGCAGGUGCACUAUCAAGACUUGCUGCAGUUCAUACAGAAAGCUGUACAAGAAGAAAAACAGCAAAGUGUUGAGGCAGAGACCUGGGAUGCGUCAGUGGCCAGUACUGACCUGGAAUCAGUGAGCGACAGGAGCGAUGCGAAUGCAGAACAAAGAGAAGCAUGGCUUCAGAGGUUCCACAAGAUGGAGAUGGCCUUACAAAUGUGUGACACCCAAAACACAGGUUAUGUGGACAGAGACCAAGCCAAACGCCUGCUACAGAACUACAACCUCAUCCUUGAUCUGAAUCUGAGUCCUCUGAAGGUCAGCGAGGUCACGCGUAACACUCAGCGAGAGGGCAAAGUUCACCUCGCAUCGGCUCUGCGGAAACUGAAGGAACUACACACCGCUUAA